GACGUGAGAGGGGAGGAAGAAGACGGGGAAGAAGAAUAAGAAGGGGCAGGUGAGGCGGUGUUGAAAGGUGAAUUCGAAUUAAACAAUGGCCAAGGAUACGGUAAUAGAGCUUCCUCCUCGCGACGAUUGCUGCCCCGUCUGCCAUGGCGAUUUCAACCUCCCAUGCCGCACCUCUUGCUCGCACUGGUUCUGCGGAGAGUGCAUAUUGCGUGUAUGGCUUCAUGGAGAUGCAACAAAGCAAUGCAAAUGCCCAAUGUGCUGUCGUCAUUUUUCCAGUCUGGCGCCCGUUCAAGCAGCAUUUGACCGUAGCCAGAACCCAGAAUCAAAUAAAAUCAUGGAAAAUGUGAGAAGGUACAACAGGUUGCACAUUGGGGGCAUGCAAGGUCUCAUGCAGAAAUUUUUUGAUCUCCCAUUUUUUAUUCGGAUGGCUCUACAAGAUAUGAUGGAUCCUGAUAAAACAAGUUCUUACUUGACUAGAGUUCGUCUCUUUGCAAUGGCCCUCGGCAUGAUGUAUGUGCUCAACCCAUUCGAAUUUCUUCCAUUCGCUAAACGAGACAUAUUAAAUUUGUUUGACCUCUAUGCAACGACAUUUGUCACUAUCAUCCACGUCAUCGCGCUGUGCCGUGCAAGGCGUGUAAUCAGGCGAUAAAGUCCUUUCUUGGACAGCAUGCUUGAACAGAAGACAAAGAAGGGGUGUCUGCCCCAAGCAGCUGAUUUGCUCUGCACCCUGCAGGUGCUAUAAUCAUCGUAGCCGUUAUGUGCAUAUUAGGUGCGGUGAUAAAACAUGAGCACUAUGUCUUUGACUAGGUUGCUUAAGAGAAACAAAUGGGAUUGCUUCUAUCAGUCCCCGUGAUUUUCUACUCAUAGGUUGUAUAUAAAUUAGCACUAGCUUUGGAAAAAUCAUGAGGCUUGUUUCUUCUUAAGGCUGUUUGUACUUUUGAUGACGGUACGCAUACAUGUUUUGUUUGGAUUGACCGUGCAUAUAUGUAUAUGGAUUGAAGUUUGUAAAUUUCAGUACGUGACUCAUUUCUUGAGUGACAUUUUGUUUUGCCUGAA